AUGGAUGAAAAUUACAUCAGAAGGGAGCGUCGACGUAAAGAAGAAACAAAAAAGACUGUGGCGGAGAUGAGGGCUGCUUUGAAAGUCUGUAAUAUGGACGACGUUCGUCGACACAAAAUGCCCUUCGAAAAAGCUUUAAUAAUUGGUUUAGAAGAGAAAGGCUAUUACGUUGCUGCAGCGAUAAUUCAAGACCUGAUAGACGUCCAAACUAGCAGGAGGGAGACUUCUGGCCCUUCCAGUGUCUUAUGGUCGAAGCCUCAACUGAAGGACAAUAAGAAUCUCUUGAAAACCCUUAGCGAUAAUUUAGUGAUAUCGGACAUCCAACGAAAUAUGAAUGAUCACGCAAAGGAAUGUGAGACAUUCCUCAAAACAGCAACACACUUUGCAUUCUUACAUCCAGAUUGGUGGUGGAUGGGUGAACAACUAUUACUGAUGUCUAUUAGUUUUGGGAAACGUUACCCUUCCACGGAAGGAAAGUACGAAGCCUUAAGUAGUUACGUGUAUGCAAAAUUUCUUCUGGAAAAUACCAAAGAGACGGAAUCUGCUCAUCUUUAUUUAAUAAAAGUACGGGAAUUGUCAAAAGGUAAAAAAUGGGUGACUAUUGCUCUAUUUCCAGAUGAGAGAGACUAUCUUUAUACAAGAGCUAACUACCUUCUACACAUGUGCUUGAUGCAGGAAGCAAGAUCAUACUUAAGAAGUGAUGUUAACAAGGCAAUAAAAUUGGCAAAUAUAGCAAGAAAGAGAGCCGCAGAAGCGUGUAAUUUAGACGGUGAAACUAGAGCUUUGCUUCUGAAAGGAAUAUGCGAAGUGAGCACUAAACGCGCUAUGGCAGCCAUAGCAACUUUUACUAAAGCGUAUUAUAUUCAAGAAAGACUAGGCAACCUAGAAGGUAUUUGCAUGGCUAAGCUACAUUUAGCCCAAGCAUAUUUGGUAAAUGGUGAUACGCUACAAUCUUUGAGAACCUUGCUAACGGCUAGAGAUUGUGCAGAACGUAACAAUCUAACUUAUUUGCUAGGGCAAGCUUAUAAACACCUAGGAGAAUUCUACUUGAACAAUGGAGAACCCAGGAAAGCAACACCUUUGCUAGGGGAAGCCCUAAAAAUACUUCACAAGGCAGAAAGCGUACUUGAUAUCGAACAAGUUCGUAACUUGGAAGCUAUUUCUAUGGGAUUGGAAUUGUUUCCUAGAUACCUGAAACUACUGUCUGAUACAAGUGAUCCUGUAAAUGGUUUUGAAAAUUUGAUGAAGAUGAUUGAUUGGAAAGACUUGAGGGUACAGUUCUGGUCUCAAGACGACAUAUCUUUUGAUCCCUCAUCUCUAGACUCCCCUAAAAAUUCCGAUACCCAACAAACAUCCAUCAGUUCUUCAUACGAUGUAGGUAGUAGAAUGAACAGUAACCCGAAGGAUGAACAAAUUUUAAAAUUACAUGACAAUAUUCAUGCAUUCCAGAAUGGUUCUAACUACGAAGAAAAACUAUUAGCUAACGAAAAAGAGUCGGUGACCGUUGAUGAAAAGAAAACAAAAUCCAUAUGA